AUGCAGAUUUUCGUCAAAACCCUGACGGGUAAAACCAUCACCCUUGAGGUUGAAUCUAGCGAUACCAUCGACAAUGUUAAAACAAAGAUCCAAGACAAGGAGGGUAUUCCGCCCGACCAACAGCGCUUGAUCUUUGCUGGUAAACAGCUUGAGGACGGCCGCACCCUCUCCGACUACAACAUCCAGAAGGAAUCAACCCUUCACUUGGUUCUUCGCCUCCGUGGCGGUAUGCAAAUCUUCGUCAAGACUCUUACAGGGAAGACCAUUACCCUCGAAGUCGAGUCCUCUGAUACCAUCGAUAACGUCAAAACCAAAAUUCAAGACAAGGAAGGUAUCCCGCCUGACCAGCAGCGCUUGAUCUUCGCCGGAAAACAACUGGAAGACGGCCGCACCCUCUCUGAUUACAACAUUCAGAAGGAAUCCACCCUUCAUCUUGUCCUUCGUCUUCGUGGUGGCAUGCAAAUCUUCGUGAAAACUUUGACUGGAAAAACGAUCACAUUGGAGGUUGAGUCUUCCGAUACAAUCGAUAAUGUGAAAACGAAAAUUCAAGACAAGGAGGGAAUUCCACCAGACCAACAGCGACUUAUUUUUGCCGGGAAACAACUUGAAGAUGGCCGCACUCUAUCGGAUUACAAUAUUCAGAAGGAAUCCACGCUCCAUCUUGUCCUUCGGUUGCGAGGUGGCAUGCAAAUUUUCGUGAAGACCUUGACCGGCAAGACUAUUACAUUAGAAGUCGAAUCAUCAGACACAAUUGACAACGUAAAGACAAAGAUCCAAGACAAAGAAGGUAUUCCCCCAGACCAGCAAAGACUUAUUUUUGCUGGAAAGCAGCUUGAAGACGGCCGAACGCUCUCCGAUUAUAACAUCCAAAAGGAGAGUACUUUGCAUUUGGUUUUGAGAUUGCGCGGCGGCAAUUAA